GGUAGUUGGAGUAAGAAACAUCCGAAAGUCGAUAUGACAAGUGUAACAGCAUGGAAUAGCAUUGAAGGGUUACCGAAACAAUUUGUGAAAUCACUUCGUGUCCUUUUCGACAUUUUGGACGAACAGCGGUGUGGUUAUGUCAGAUUUGUCGACAUCGAAAGCAGAUGGCACGAGGAAGGGGUGCAGGGGCUACCAAGCGGGGUUAUCGAAGCUUUACGAAAAGUAACUCCUCAAAACGGUUACCUUAGUUUUGACAGAUUCGUCGCCGGUUUGAAACUUGCCAUGUUAACAAGUAGAGACUCCAGAACAAUUGAUCACCAUCAAAAGCCUGAACAUCGUACGCAUAAUAACCACGUAAAGUUUGAUCCCAGAAGACAAGGCGAUAACAGUGAUGGUAAGCACAUACAAGAAAAGGAAAAUAGAUCCGAAAAUGUUAUCAGGAGAACAAGCCAGACACGAAGUGAUGUUCCUCAGCCUCCAAAGAGAUCUAGUCAUAGUGCUUUACACCAAAAUAGAUACCACACAAUCAAUACUGCAGCUGUGAAACCAAAUAAUGUACUGAAUGCAUUACAUGAUCGAAGCAAUAUUAGAAAAGAUAUUAUGGAUCAUCAAGAAAAAUACCAUCCAAGAGAAAAGGUUUCAUCACAUAAUUCUCAUCAUGAUGUUCCAGUUUCACCAAUUUCUAAAUCUUCCGACUCUGUAAAAGAUAAUCAAAAUACAAAUGGAGCAAACCCACCUCAAGUUCCUCCAAGGGACAAAAGUAAUAAGCGUAUUAUAAGUGAAUUGAAGAAUUGGCAGCGGAGAGUAAAUGAACCUGGACCCGUACCAGUUACAAAAAAAGAACAUUUCCAUCAAGCAAAUUGUGAUUUACACCUGUUGCCUCAAAAUAAUCAAGCAUCGGCCUCAGGAAAUUACGCUAAUAUCGAGCAGGCUGGCCGGGUGUCUCAUGGCAGUGAUUCAGAUACUAAGACCAAAAGUUCCAGCUCCCUCCCACAGAAAUCAGGGGCUACAGUGCGCAGACAGAACUCAGCACGACGACACACUUUGUCUAGUGGGGUAGAUUACAGUAUGAUCAAGAGACUGAGACAGUUAGAAAAAGAGAAGGAGAUGUUGAUACAAGGACUAGAAGUAGUAGACCAAGCACGAGAGUGGUACCAAAAACAAGUUCAGAUGAUUGAUGAGAAGCAGAAAUAUGUUGGCAAGGCCACAUAUAAUGAUAAUAACUUGGAGGCAAAUCAAGAGAGGAUGAAUUUCCAGCAGGCUCGUAUUUCAGAGGUUAACCAACAGGUGAAAACUCUCAUGGAGAGUUCAGAAAAGGGUUUUCCACUGCACAUGAACCUUGCUGUGCGUUCCACUAACAGCACCAUGUACCCCGAGGAGACCAUCAAGAUGCUGAAGGACCAGAACAGACAGCUUACUCAGGAAGUAGGACAAAAGGGAGAGACAAUAUCAAAGCUGGAGAAAGAGAAGGCAACUCUAGUCCGUGACCUGUUUGAGGCAAGGUCCCAAAACAAACCAACCAAUUAUGAUGACACAACUUUCAUGUGAAAAUAUCAGCCAGUAUUGAUGACAAAACUAUAAAGCACCAUCCCAUUAUGAUGACACAAUAUUCCUGCAAAAACAGACCAGUUGAUGAUGUUGAUGACGACGACGAAGACGAAGACGUCGUCAUCUACAUAUCAACAUUUGAAAAGUGCUACAAGAAUUGUUUCAAUGAAUUCAAAGAGAAGCUUGAGAAACUAAUUGCAGCAUUAAUUUCAUACAUGUUAAUUUCCAAUAAA